CUCGCCAAAACCAUCAUAACCCCACAAUCCCAACUAUACUCACCAGACUUUGACGCGCCUAACUACUUAUCGCCAGUAGGUCCAUUGCUUUGUGUAGAUACUACAGAUUCCAAGACUGUGCGCCAUCUAGAAUUUUGCUUCCCCUCGAACAACCACCAUCCCAUCACAAGUUAUCCACGCCACGCGCGAAUUUGAGGAAGGUGAUCCUCAACAGGGCGGGCUGGAAACAUGGUAGAAGGAGAAGCGAACUCUCCAACUUGGAAGUUCACACAAUGCUUCGGAGAUAAGGGAGAUGUAGAGGAUAUCACAGAAGCCGAUAUCAUCUCAACAGUCGAGUUCGAUCACACAGGAAACUACCUUGCCACUGGAGAUAAGGGAGGCCGAGUGGUAUUAUUUGAGAGAAACGAGACAAAAAAAACAUGCGAAUACAAGUUUCACACCGAAUUCCAAUCGCACGAACCCGAAUUUGACUACCUAAAGUCCCUCGAGAUCGAAGAAAAGAUCAACAAAAUCAAGUGGUGCAAACGCCAAAAUGCAUCUCACUACCUCCUUUCGACAAACGACAAGACCAUCAAAUUGUGGAAGGUGUUUGAGAAGUCAUUGAAGGUCGUUGCGGAAAACAACCUUUCUCACGACUUGACCCCUGGCACAGCUGCUGGCGGAGGCGGCGCUCCUCGAUCUCGCAACAAUGUCCACUUCAACAGCGUCAACGAUCUCAAGCUACCUAGACUCACACAUCACGAUACAGUGGUUGCGGCCGUACCACGCCGAACAUAUGCCAAUGCACAUGCAUAUCAUAUCAACAGCAUCUCAGUGAACAGCGAUGGGGAGACGUUUAUCAGCAGUGACGACCUGCGUGUAAACCUGUGGAACCUGAACAUUCAGGACCAGAGCUUUAACAUCGUUGAUAUCAAGCCGGCGAACAUGGAGGAGCUGACAGAAGUCAUAACCGCAGCAGAAUUCCAUCCACAGAGCUGUAACUGGUUCAUGUAUGCAAGCUCGAAAGGCACAAUCAAACUGGCAGACAUGCGCGAAAGUGCUCUCUGCGAUCAGCACGCCAAGCAAUUCGAACAGGAGGAAGAUCCCUCUGCACGCUCUUUCUUCUCCGAGAUCAUCUCCUCCAUCUCGGAUGUCCGAUUCUCACACGAUGGAAGAUACAUCCUGUCUCGCGACUACCUGACUGUGAAGAUUUGGGAUGUCAAUAUGGAGCGCCAGCCGAUCAAGACCAUCCCCAUCCACGAACAUCUCCGACCCAGGCUCUGUGAUACAUACGAGAACGACAGCAUCUUCGACAAGUUUGAGGUUGUUUUCUCUGGCGAUGCUAAGAACGUGAUGACUGGUAGUUACAACAAUAACUUCAUGAUUUACCCCUCAGACCCAGACAAGGAGGUGGAGGUGGUUCUACAGGCCGAUAAGUCGGCUUUCAAGGCAAAGAAGGUUGGAGUACCGACGCCAAUCAACAUGUCAACAAGCCCUGGCGCAAAUGGAAAGAAGGGUGGCUCAAGAGCUGGCAGCCCAGCGGCUGGAGCAACCGGGGCAGGCCAGAGGAUGAGAAAGGAGACUGACGCGGACCAAAUUGAUUUCAACAAGAAGAUCCUCCACAUGAGUUGGCAUCCAUUUGAGGAUAGCAUUGCUAUCGCUGCAACGAAUAAUCUUUUUGUCUUCUCGGCAUUGUAGACAGCAGGAGAAUGAAGGAGGCUUUUGUGGCCAGGUUGCGUUGACGUCAGAUUGCGACGUGAUGAGACGAUUCCCAAUCUUCAUAUCUUUAAGGUCAGAUUAAGAGCCGGCUGACGCAUACAUUGAUGAGAGAUGAGCAUAUGAGAGAACUAUAGACCAGCCUCUCAUGACAUAGGUGGGCGAUUACUAGGUGAAUGAUCCAUUGAUAAUGAAAGUUAUGUGGGCAAUCCAGUGCAGUUUCAUUUUCCAGCGGCACGGCACUAUGCUAUCCUGGGGGCGGGGGGCAGAAGGGUCGUCGUUAUGACAUCGAAGCUCACUGCUCAGAUCUUUUACGCAAAUUCAUUAGUCACUCCAGAGAAAUGCAGAGAAGUACU